UCAGGUUAUGUCAAUGAGUUUGACAAGCCGCUGACCUACACAUGUCCAGGGAACGGUGUUCUGGCCGGAGUCGAGAGCUACAACGACGACUACUACGAAGACCGUCGCUUUAAAUUCACGUGCUGUGACGUAUCCCUGAGGGUCCCCAAAGAGUGCACCACCACCGGUUACAUCAAUGAAUUCGACGGCCAGAUGACCUUGCUCGUCCCGGAAGGCGAGGCCAUUAAAAGCGUUUACAGUUGGCAUGACAACUAUUACGAGGACAGACGCUGGAAAGUUCAACUCUGCAAAGUCUGA